UGAAAAGCGCCGGCUAACGGUACGAUCCGUGACCGUUACAAGGCAAUAUUUUAAUCAGUGACGAAAUUACAAUGAUAUGGUGGUUUCGGUGGUUUCAAAUCAACGAAAGAUUUCGAUAAAUUCGGUGAGUUGUCGCAGUAAAGUUUUUACCUGGCAACUACGAUGUUGAGCGUUCGGUUGGCGACUUCCUGUUUGCGGCGCGGUUUUACGUCACGGACGGCGCCUGCUACGCGUCAGAAAUGGAAACCGCUAAAUAUUGUCCUGGGUGCGACUGGAGGUUUGGUGCUUGGUGCCGUCGGAUAUGACGGGGCGGUUAACGAGUUUGAAACAGUAGAAAGUGCGAACCGAUUUCUCCGGUCGCUUGUGAUUGGGGUUAGCAUUUCGGUGGAUUAUGCCUGGAGUAUGUGGGGUCUGGACGAACAGGAUCCCAACUAUGAAGGGAUCAUGUCCCAAACGCAUCAACGUGCAGCGGAUAGAAUCCUCAAUGGAUGCCUAGCAAAUGGGGGUUUGUAUAUAAAAAUGGGCCAAGGAAUUUCUUCAAUGAAUCACAUCAUUCCAAAAGAAUAUAUCUCGACAUUGAAAAAACUUCAAGACAAGUGCUUGACUCGGAAACCCGGAGAAGUGAGAAAAUUGUUCGAGCAAGACUUUGGUAAACCACCGGAGGAAGUAUUCGAAACGUUUGACUACGUGCCGAUUGCGGCCGCCAGUUUGGCUCAGGUGUUUCGAGGAACGACUAAGGAGGGCCAACAGGUGGCCAUUAAAGUACAAUAUGCAGAUUUAAGGAAACGGUUCAAUGCCGACCUGAGAACGAUUAUGUUUCUGCAAGAUCUAGCUGCUGUUAUGCACAAAAACUACAACUUUGGCUGGAUCCUUCGGGAUCUUCAGGGAACCUUGCGGGAAGAGCUGGACUUUAUCCACGAAGGUCGCAACUCGGAACGAUGUGCUGAAGAUUUGCGGAAGCAUGACUCCAUCUACGUGCCCAAGGUGUUGUGGAAUUAUACUAAUGAGCGAGUCCUCACGACAGAAUUUAUUGAUGGGUGCAAAAUCAACGAUACUGAAAAGCUGAAACAGCUGAAUAUAAACGUUGCCAAACUGGAUGUUGCCCUGUUCCGAGCAUUCGCCGAUCAAAUCUUCCGAACUGGAUUCGUCCACGCCGAUCCCCAUCCAGGAAACGUCUUCGUACGUAAAGAUCCGUUAUCCGGACGGGCACAGCUGGUCCUUUUGGAUCACGGCCUCUAUGGAAACCUCACCGCGGAUAUCCGACUCAAUCUGUGUCGAUUCUGGAAAGCUAUCGUACUCAAGGACUACAAAGAAAUGGCACAAUUCGCCCGAGCUCUAAACGUGCAGGAUUAUCGGACUUUUGCGGAAAUCUUACUUCAACGACCACUAGAACUGAAGGGGUCCACAUUGAAGACCCGCCUAUCCGACGAGGACAUUAAGUACAUGACGCGCCAAGCUAGGGAACACUUCGAUAAGGUGAUGCAAACGUUGCGAAGUAUGCCACGGAAUUUGAUAUUUGUGAUAAGGAACCUGAACAUGAUCCGAGCCAUUGCGCGGGAGCAUGGAGAUCCGGUGGAUCGACCGAAAGUGAUGGCUCGGGGUGCUUUAGCUGCGCUACGCAACAAAAGUGAAGGAGUUGGGAGCUUUUUCUUUUCGAUUUUCCGGACGAUUAAUUUUGAGUACCAAUUGUGGAAAUCUUCGUUCCAAUUCUGGAUUGCUAAUUCUUAUUUGAAGCUGCUAAUUAGACUUGGACGGUCUCCUGAUACUUCGCAUCUUCUGGAUGUGCAGCUGGAUGUGUAAUUAAACGAAAGAUAGUUCAUAGGUUCACAGUGUGAUGCUCUAUUAUAAUAAAAAGUGUAAAAUA